GGUAAUGUCUCCAUCACAGGAGCUCUGACGGCGCGCGACCAUGCAGCGACUGCUGACUGCCCCGCGCCUCCGCGCUGCCGGUGUCGUUGUCCUAUGGCUGGUUUUGACACAAGCGUCUGGAGACUUACCCAUAUGCAAGGAGUCUGAUUACCACUUUGAGUACACAGAGUGUGACAGGCUUGGGACAAGAUGGAGGGUGGCGGUUCCCAACAAACCCGACACGUGCACAGCUCUACCAGAUCCAGUCAAAGGCACUCAGUGCACCUUUUCCUGUGGUGAGGGUGAGUUCCUUGACAUGCAGUCGCAGCAGUGCCAAAAGUGUUCGGCAGGAACCUACUCUCUGGGUACGGGUGUGGCAUUUGAUGAGUGGGACAGCCUCCCAACUGGAUUUAUCACUCAGGGGGUGAUGGUGAAUGAGGGAAAAACCCUUACUGACUGCUCUAACUCCACCUGGACACCAAAGGGAGAUUAUGCGGCCUCUAACACAGACGAGUGUACUGCAACCCUGUCUUAUGCUGUGGGCCUGAAAAAACCAGGAACUGUGACCUUUGAAUAUUUCCACCCAGACAGAAACCUUUACUUUGAGUUCUUUGUUCAAAAUGACCAAUGCCAAUCAGCAGAAUCAGAAAGCCGCUGGAUAAAGGUCUCAGAGAAGGACUGGAACCAGUACACGGUUGAUCUGACCAGUGGGAACAAUGUGCUUUACUGGAGAACCACCUCAUAUGCUCUCCAGGGUGCUGCUGUCAAACCUGUGCUUUUAAGAAACAUCCAGGUCUCAGGGGUGGCAUACACUUCUGAGUGUUUCCAUUGUAAACCUGGCACCCACAGCGCGAAGGCAGGAUCUGCACGCUGCACCCCCUGCCCUGCUGAUACCUAUUCCAACAAGGGUGCCACUGUUUGCCAUCAGUGUGAAAAAGACAAAUACUCUGAACCUGGAUCUGGAAGCUGCAAGGAAAGACCAGCUUGUACACACAGUGACUACUUCUACACUCACACUCCUUGUGACUCGGAGGGAAAGAACCAGCUUAUGUACAAAUGGAUUGAACCUAAGAUCUGCAGUGAGACUGCUGAGGGGGCUGUAAAGCUACCAGCGUCAGGAGAGAAGCAAACCUGCCCGCCGUGUAAUCCGGGCUUCUUUGUCUCCAACUCGUCAUCGUGCGAGCCAUGCGGCAGCGAUUCCCACUCAAAUGGAACAGUGUGUGUCAAAUGUCCUGCUGGCACAGAGCCGCUGAUAGGUUUUGAAUACAAGUGGUGGAACACAAUGCCGACCAACAUGAGGAGCUCUGUCCUCGGUCAAGAGUACAGCAGUGAUCCCAACAGAAGUACAGCAUGGGAGGUGGCUGGAGAAUAUGUUUACACCACCCCAGGGUAUCAUGACACUGACUACUUGAUGCUCACGCUCACUGUUCCGGGAUACAGGAUUCCUCAGUUUAAUAAUAAAGGCAGUGAAAGAGGGGAACUGUCCCGCAUCUCUUUUGUCUUUGAGACCAUGUGUACAACUGACUGCAAGUUUUACUUCCUGGCGGGCUAUAGUGAGUGGAAUAACUAUGUGGUGGAGCAGUGGAAAGGUAGCAGCCGGAAGCAAUCUUACUCCUAUGUGAUCCAGAGCAACAGGACCAUCAGCUUUAGUUGGGCUUUGCAACGGACAGAGGAGUUAUCCAUGAACAAGACGUACAACUCUGACUUUGCCAAGAUAUACUCAGUCCACAUCACCAAUGUAGUCGGAGGCGUGGCCUCUCAGUGUCGCCGCUGUGCUCUGACAUCUGUGGGGACAGACUCCGCCUGUGUUCUCUGUCCACCAGGACACUUCAUGGUCAGUGAGACGGGAGCAUGCAAGAGCUGCCCACCAAACUCUAUCACCAAGGCCAGUCAGCCAGUUGGAGAGGAAGCUUGUGUUCGUUGUGGACCAAAUACAAGGAGAAACAAGGCUCACACAGCUUGUGUCAGUGACUGUAAAGUGGAUGUUAAGACAACAGAAGGGACCAGGCUGCACUACAACUUCUCCCCACUGUCCAAUGUCACCGAAUUCUACAGCAGCCCAAGCUUCACCAGCAAAGGCCUGCGCUAUUUCCACCGUUUUAGCCUGGGUCUGUGUGGGGCAGAGAACAAAGUGCCCGCCUCUUGUGUGGACAACGUAACAGAGAAUGAGAGAACAGUCAAAGGUUACAUCUGUCAGUCCACUUUGGUUCCCUCGGACCUCAGGGCUCAGAAAAUGGUGUCAGGUCAACCUUUCCUCAUCGGGGACUCCCUUGUUGGUGUUUCCACUGAGACGACCCUGCUUGGGAUCUCUUCCCCAGCAUGGUUGUUUCCAUCAGCAUCCGAACUUCCAGAUGUUAUAUUCUAUUACCGGUCCAGUGACAUAACUCAGGCUUGUAAACAGGGGAGGUCAGCCACGAUCAGACUCAGAUGCAACCCUGCAAUAGCAGCUAAAGACUUCAUCCAUUUACCAAGUAACUGCUCCGAAGGGACAUGUGAUGGCUGUACUUUCCAUUUCUUGUGGGAGAGCCAGCAUGCGUGCCCUCACUGCACCAAAAACCAUUACAAAGAAAUUGUCAGUGCUUGCAUCCAAGGAAUACAGAAAACCACUUACAUGUGGCAGCAGCCUCUGCAGUGUAAUGGAGGAGUCUCACUACCAGGACAAAAAGUCAGCGCUUGUGUGAGUCUGGAUUUUUGGCUUAAGUUUGGUGUUACGACUGGAACCAUCGGUGCCCUGCUUCUCGUCAGCAUCAGCUGUUAUUUUUGGAAGAAAACUCGCAAACUGCAGUACAGGUACUCGAAGUUGAUGAUGAGCUCCGGAGGCAAAGAGUGUGAGCUGCCCACUGCAGACAGCUGUGCAAUAAUGGAGGGAGAAGAUGCAGAGGAUGACCUCAUAUACUUAACCAAGAAAUCCCUCUUCAGCAAAAUUAAAUCUUUUUCCCGAGAGAGGACAUCUGAUGGGUUUGACUCGGUUCCCCUCAAGUUCUCAUCUUCUCGCCAUCAACAAGCUGAAGAUGAGGACUCUGAUGAUGCUUAAGUCAGAAGAUGAUCACAAUGAUAAAUUUGCAAAAGUCUGGAAGUUUUAUUUUGCAUCUCAAGACACCUUUCACAACUGUGUUGAAGUCUGAAAAAUAUCUAAAUUAUGUAUUAUAUAAGUUACCAAAGAUUAUAGUCUUUUUGAGAGUUAAUUGAAAGAAUAAAAGUUUAUUUAGUAUUUCUCAUAUGCUAGAGUGCCACCUUGAAUGCUGAUAUGGAAAGUGUCUUUAUGGGUUUCUACAAUUUUUUAGACCUAUGAUGAUUUAUUUCUCUAACAUAAGUUAACAAUAGAGGACUUUCAUUAUUGUGAUUUCACACAACCUUGAUUUGCAGACUUUUAUUUCCAAUUUUUCUUAUUACUGCUGUUUUUUUAAAUCUGGUUACCGUACUGUGUUUAUUUGGUAAGGUUUCAUAUUUGAUAGAAAGUUAACGCAGCGACUGUGGCAACAUGUAUGUUUUUCUUUUUGACUGUUCAUUACUUUAACAUUAAAAUAUGUUUUACAGUUUAACGUUUUUAAGUUGGAGUGUUUACAGUGUGCAAACAUGUACUGCCUAUGUGGUAGAUAAAUAAAUACUGGUACUUGAUACCAAAA